GGCUUCCUUGAUGGGGUUCUUCUCCCGCCCGAGAAACGACGGUGAGGGAGAGAGGUCGCGGGAUCAAAGCACACCGACUCUUUCUUGCCUCGCUUCCGCGACAGCGACCGUGGCAUCGGCCGCUCCGAUCACCGCUUGACGGCGCUCGCCGUCUUGUUCCAAGUGACAACACUAGAGCAAACCUGAAAUCCUUCUCUGAAGGAUGCAUUCUUAGACCACAAUCUUCAGUGAGUGUGCCGGCAGAUUGUAGAAUUCUUGAAUCAGGUGGUAGAAGUAUCGGAGAAAUGACACAGGUGGUUUGUAGAGCCUCAUACUGCUGUAUACUUCUGGACAUUUCGCAUAGUUUUGUAUUUGGAGCAGAAUUUUCGAUUGUGUGAUGAGGAAGUAAAAGCAGAUGUGAUCGAAACUUUGUCGCUAUGCACUCUGCAUAUCCAAGUAUAAGCUUCAUCCAUGAUGAUCUCGUAUUUUCUGCAUGCAUGCAGUUAUAUCAGCGGAAACGAAGGUCAGAAAAGACGGUGCAAAAUGCAAUGCAAAUCUAAUGCGAGUGCUUCCGGUCCCCGAGCAGAAAACAUGGACUACUUUAUUCCCUUCCAAUCCACACAAACAAGUAGAAUGCUGCAAAGUCUCACCGUCUUCCCCCCCCUGUAAUCAUUUCAUCUCCCAUCGACGGGGCCGGGGAUGGAGAUAAAAAAAAAAAAGACCCGAUCUUAACCUCUAUCCCAACUGAUUUUUGAGAACCAUACCAUGACCCCAUCCCGAUUCUCCGGAUCGAACCCGGUCCGAGUUGAACGCGUCAAUCCCCGGAUCCCGAUCUCGUGGUCUGUCGCCCCGCUGUCGUCCUUACUCGCCAGCACAAAGUUAGCAGCUGUCUCAGGGUGAGCGAAGCCCGGGAGGGGAGUGAAGUGCCGUGAUUGGACCACCUCCUCCUCCUCUGCUACUGCUGGAAGCGUGGAUCCCGCCGCGCUCCUCCGCCUCCGACGCUGAGGGAUCUGCGCGAUCUCGACUUGAACCGUUCCACUGUCCUCUUUGAACACCCUCCUCCGCCCCCGCCGCUUCCCUGGGCUUAAAAGGGCUAGAGCGAGUGUCAGGCGACGGAGGCAGGCGCGGCGGAGAAGGAGCGGGGCAAUGGCUGGCUUUGGCAAGAGCUCGCGGGCGGGGAAGCGCCAUGCGUCGUCGUCCAUGUCGUCCUUCUCCUACUACGUUACCAUUGUGGUCUUCGUGGCGUUCUGCAUACUGGGAGUGUGGAUGCUGUCUUCCUCUUCCGUCAUCCCGCCUCACGCGACCACCGACACCAGCUCUCGUAUCUCCUCCUCGUAUUCGUCGGCCUCCAAGUCUGGCGCUUCUCGCAUCGUCGCCUUCAGAGACCCUCCUCCGGACGCGGAGGAGGACGCCAUUAAAGGUGACGACGGUGGCGAGGACGAGAACAGGUCCGGUUCCAAGAUCUCUUCCCUUGGGGAGUCCAGGGACACGAGCUCGGAUCAAGAGAACCAGAUCGAUUCGGCUUCCUCCCGUAGAGAGAACGAGAACAGGUCCGGAGGCGAAGAAGAAUCUAAAGGCAGGCAGGAACUCGAGCGUCCGCAGGAGGCGGAGGAGACCCAAAACGGCAGCAAUGAAGAGAACCAGGAGCAGCCGGUCGGAGAGAACAAGGAAGAGGGAGAGAAGGGGAAUCGUGGCGGAGAUCAGCGGCUGGUGGGUCGCGAUUUGGACGGAGGAACACCGGACGGCAAGCGGCUGAGCGAGGAGGAAAUCCAUGAACAGGAGCAGAGGGAGCACGACGAACAGCUACCGGUCGGCGAGGGGGAGGAGAGCCAGCAAGAAACCCAGCAGCCGCAGCAGACCGGGAGUGACAGCCAGGAGGAGCAAAUCCACGAAGAGCAGCAGAGGCAGCACGACGAGCAGUUACCGAGCCGCGAGGGCGAGGAGAACCAGCGAGAACCUGAGCAGCAGCAGCAGACUGGGAGCGACAGUCAAGAGGAGCAAAUCCACGAAGAGCAGCAGAGGGAGCACGACGAGCAGCUACCCGGUGGUGAGGGCGAGCAGAACCAGCAAGAAUCCCAGCAGCUGCAGCAGACUGAAGGUGACAGCCUAGGGAAUCAGCAGGAGAGCCAGCCUGAGAUUGACGAGAACCAUGACCAAGUGGAGCAGAUACAGCAGGUUACCAAUGAGAACCAACCACAGAGAGAAGAGUCGGUUGAUGAGAGCCAAACGCAGUCUGAUGAGAAAGCAGAGGCGGGAUCAAACGAGAGCCAGCAACAAGAAGAAACAGGAGGAGGUGGCAACGACCAGCAGCAGCCACAGAUGGAAGAGGAGAUCGCCAAUGACUCAGAACAAGAAGGCAAUGGACAACAGAGCGAGAAACUGAAUGACCCUAAUGCAGGUGAGUCUCUGUCAGACAGGGCACAGUCAGAUGCAUCUAAGGACAGCGGCGGUGACAGGAAGAUGCCAUGGGCGACACAGGCCGACCACUCCGAUAACGAGAAGGAAAGGAGAAGAGAGGAGAAUUUGAGCGAAGGCAGCGAUUCAGAGGGGAAUGCUGGGAACUCACUUGGACAGGAGUGGAAGCUCUGCAAUGUCACUGCUGGCCCUGACUACAUCCCUUGUCUUGACAAUGAGAAGGCCAUCAAGCAGCUACAUAGCUUCAGACACUUUGAACACCGAGAGCGGCACUGCCCAGAGGAAGGCCCGACAUGCCUGGUGCGUCUUCCAGAUGGAUACAAGCGAUCCAUCGAGUGGCCAAAGAGUAGAGACAGGAUAUGGUACAGCAAUGUGCCUCGCACAAAGCUUGCGGAAGUGAAGGGUCAUCAGAACUGGGUGAAAGUCACAGGAGAAUACCUCACGUUUCCUGGUGGUGGAACACAGUUCAUACAUGGGGCACUUCAUUAUAUCGAUUUCAUCCAGCAGUCAGUACGUGAUAUUACUUGGGGAAAGCGUAGCCGUGUGGUACUAGAUGUUGGCUGUGGGGUGGCCAGCUUUGGUGGCUAUCUCUUUGAGAGAGACGUUCUUACAAUGUCUUUUGCUCCAAAAGAUGAACAUGAAGCUCAAGUUCAGUUUGCAUUGGAGCGAGGAAUCCCAGCAAUAUCUGCAGUAAUGGGUUCUCAGCGUCUGCCAUUUCCCAGCAUGGUCUUUGAUGUUGUGCAUUGUGCACGCUGCCGUGUCCCAUGGCAUGCAGAGGGUGGUACUCUUCUGUUGGAACUAAACCGAGUCUUGCGACCCGGAGGAUACUUUGUCUGGUCAGCAACACCGGUUUAUCAGAAACUGAUAGAAGAUGUGGAUAUCUGGAAAGCCAUGAAAUCUCUUACUAUAUCCAUGUGCUGGGACCUUGUUGCUGUCAAGAAGGACAAAUUGAAUUCUGUUGCUGCUGCCUUCUAUCGUAAGCCUAUUUCAAAUGAGUGUUAUGACAAUAGAAAGCGUCAUAGUCCACCCAUGUGCAAGGAUGAGGAUGAUCCAAACGCAGCUUGGCACAUACCCUUAAAACCCUGCAUGCAUAGAGUGCCGGUUGAUGGAUCUGAAAGAGCGUCACGGUGGCCCAAAGAAUGGCCACGCCGGUUGCAGGUGCCCCCUUACUGGUUAAACAGCUCUCAGAUGGGAAUCUACAGGAAGCCAGCCCCUGUUGAUUUCACAUCAGAUUAUGAACACUGGAAGCGAGUUGUAGCAAAAUCUUAUCUCACUGGUUUUGGCAUUCGCUGGUCCAACGUGAGAAAUGUCAUGGACAUGAGAGCAGUCUAUGGAGGAUUUGCAGCUGCACUAAAAGAUUUAAAGGUCUGGGUCAUGAAUGUGGUGAAUAUUGAUGACCCUGACACGCUGCCCAUAAUAUACGAGCGUGGGCUUUUCGGAAUUUACCAUGACUGGUGUGAAUCUUUCAGCACCUAUCCCAGAUCCUAUGACUUGCUGCAUGCUGAUCGCUUGUUUUCUCAGAUAAAACAGAGGUGUAAGAUUUUGCCUCUGAUAGCCGAGGUUGAUAGGAUAGUGAGGCCAGGUGGUAAAAUCAUUGUUCGUGAUGAUUCUGUCACUACAAGUGAAGUUGAGAGUCUACUGAAAUCACUGCACUGGGAAGUCCGUUUGACCUUUUCCAAAGAUCAAGAGGGAAUACUUUGUGCAGAGAAAUCCGAGUGGCGACCUGAGAAACUAACUGAUUCAGCUUGAGUGGAGCUUCAAGCUUCUAAUGUGCCAUCACUCUUCACUUUCUCCACCUGUUCCCGUAGCAGAUUUUUAUUGAUUUACCAAAGUAAUCAAUUUUCUUUUCUUCUCUGAAGCCUUUUAAGUUUCUCAUUUGCUUUCAUUUUGUCAGGUACAUGUAAAUCAUAGUAUGUAGGGUUAGAAUUGGACCUAUUUGAAUCAGAUUAUUUAAUCCUCAUCAUUCCUAAGGAGUCUGGUGUCCACUAAACCUAGUGCCUUCUCUGGAAUCAAGUUUGGAGAUUCUAUGCAAUUGAGUGUGUUUUGAUUAUAUUGUAAAUGUCAUUA